AUGGCUCGGUAUUUCUUCAUUAGUUUCGCCGUUGUGCUAUGUUGGGUGUAUUUAACACUUACAUCAGGUGGAAAGGUGUCCUUCGUUGAUGUACCAUAUGCAUCAGGAGAAUGGGAUUGGAAACUGUAUUUCUUUUAUACAGAGACUACUGCUGAUAGCGCCAAUGGAACUCCUGAUGAACAAAAGAAUUACACAUUUGAUCCUGCAUCAACUGCUGUUAGUGUUGAUAAAAAGAAAUAUGAAGAGUCAGGCAAUCGAACAAUCUACAUCACUUUUACAAUGACUCCUCCAGCUGAUUCAAAACUGGAAAAUUGUGAAUUAUCUUUAAUAGUAGAAUUGGAUGAAGAAUAUUUUGCUUGGACAAAUAUGACAUUGUCUUAUAAACUGAAAGAAGCAUUGUCAAAGACGAAAUCAUCUGAAGUUACAUCUCAAGAAAAAAUUGAUAGUUUACCUGAUCAAAAAUUUCUAACACGUACUGAUGAAGUGUACGAAUGUCAAACGGAGAUACCGAUUUACUUCAACCAGAGUGCUGCAAUCGUCUUCACUGGAAUGACAUUUCAAGCAUUUAAUGCUGAAAAAGAUAUCAGUCCUAAUCGUCUACGAGAAGUCUGUCCACGUGACUUCAAGAGUAAUAUACCGAUUACAGCGUUGACAGUGAAAUCAACACUAGCAGACCAAACACAGUUGCCUGAUUAUAAUCAGAAAAGUGGAAAAGAUGUGAAUCCUUUGAUUUCAGCUAAUGUAUCUGAGUGUAUUGAAAUAAGAAAUUCAAAUAGUCAGUCUACACCACUAUCGUCAACUCCUUCAUCAUCAUCAUCGUCGAGUGGAACAACUUCAAAUUUAUAUGCAUCAGAAUCACAAUUACCACCACUGAAUAGAAUAACUGUCAUUUGUCAAGAUGAUCUACGCAAAUUGUGCGCUCUUUUUGAAUUUCGUGGUUACUUUCUUAUUCAGUAUACUAAUAGUGAUACAAACGAAUCAGUGUGUUAUCGGAUAGCGAUUGAUCUUCGGGAAGAUUAUUCAACAAAUGAUGGAACAAUUUAUAUCUUAGACAAAUCUCCAAUUUUCUUGAAUAACACUUUCAAUGAUUUGACCAACUUCAACAGUAAUGCUGCUAAUGAUAUAAACAAAUCUAAAUCACCAUACAAUGAACCGGAUAAUCUAAGAGUACUGACAACAAAUUCAUCGUGUUGCAAUACAUUCAACAGGUGUUUCACUCUUCCACUAAGUUCAACUGAUAAAAAUGAUGAAAGUUUUUUCAAAGAUUGGAUAAUUGAAUUCCAUUGGAAUCGUACACCUGAAAUGUAUGAAUUUGGUGAAGAUGGUUGGAGUAGUGUUGGUACUCCAGUUGGUGCAUUGUCAGGUGUUUAUGAUUUAGUCGACGUGAAACUAAAGUAUCGUCUUCAUGAAAAUUUUGGAUUGGAUUUUCUAAAUCAUGAAUAUGUUAACAAAGAAUUUACAGUACACAGUUUAGCUGAGAAACGUUUGCAAGCCAGAGUUGGCGAUUAUUAUGAAUGUCUGUCAGAGACUCAAAUUAUAUUUGAUACGGAGGAUAAUAAGAACAACAGCAACAGCAAAGCAAUUGUCGAUCAGCGUAAUGGGCAAUCAAGUACCUACAAACAAUCAGAUGACAGAAAUAAUUUGAGAAUAAUAAUGAGUUUGAAAAAUGUAAAAUCUCAGGCAUUUGCUGAUGUCAAUGUUCCAGAAUUCACUGGUGCAAGUGUUGUCUGUUCUGGUGACAUUUCACACGAUAUGACAAUGUCAAUUGCAAUCGGUCUAUCACUGUGUGCAUUAGUUGUCUGUGUUCUCUUCGGUUUGGCGAUCAAUCAUUUAAGACAAAAGGAUCAAACAUUCAAAGCUGUCGAUACAACAGGAGAUGAUUUGAAAUGA